AUGUCGAUAGAAAAUCUAAAAAAUGGUGGCAUAGGUUAUGUCUGGGGUAUUAUGGAUAUAGUUUUUGUCAAUUCUUUUGUUAUAAAUAAUGAACUUAACAAUUCAAAAUUAACUGUCAAACAAUUUCGACGAUCUGUAGCUCAAGGGUUAAUUGUAUUGAAUAAAUCUGGUCAAAAAAGAAAUUUCGACGUAUCCCCAAGUACCCAAAAAAAUAGUUUGCAACCAAGAAGGGGCAAACAAUUAUAUUCUAUACCUUUAGAUGUUAGAAUAGGUAACUUGGGAGCACACUGGAUAGAAUAUUCUAAAACUAGGGGUAGAUGUGAAGUGUGUAGCAAAAAAAAAAUUGAAUCCAAACCGUUCAGUAAAUGUCCCACAUGUAAAGUUUUUUUAUUGCAAAAUGAAAAAAAACCAUGUUUCAAUGAAUACCAUGCAAAAUAA